AUGGCGCCCAAGAAGACGAUAGUGAAAAAGACCAAGGCGAAGAAGGACCCCAAUGCGCCGAAGCGGCCACUGAGUGCCUUCAUUUUCUUCUCCAAGGACAAGCGGGAAGAGAUCAUUCGCAAGAACCCGGAGCUCAAAUCCAAGCUCGCUGAGGUUGGGAAGAUGGUCGGGGAAGCGUGGGGGAAACUCUCAGACGCGCAGAAGAAGCCGUACGAGUCCAAGGCGGUCGCAGACAAGGCACGAUACGAGAGGGAAAUGAUCGCCUACAAGAAGGGUGGCAAGUAA